AAAAGCAAAUAUAACAUUGUUUAAGUUUUCAGGAGUGAAAAAUGUCUCACCGAAAGUUCGAAGCGCCAAGGCAUGGACAUCUUGGGUUUCUUCCCCGCAAACGAUGCAAGCGAGGUCGAGGAAAGAUAAAGGCGUUUCCGAAAGAUGACCCCUCCAAGAAGCCUCAUUUCACUGGAUUUAUGGGAUUCAAGGCUGGAAUGACCCAUGUCAUAAGAGAGGUUGAGAAACCAGGAUCCAAGCUGCACAACAAAGAGACCUCUGAACCCGUGACGAUGAUAGAAACACCACCAAUGACUGUAGUUGGUUGUGUCGGGUACAUCAAGACCCCCAAUGGUUUGAAGCAGCUAAAGACUAUCUGGGCAAAGCAUGUCAACGAUGGGUUCAAGAAGAGAAUUGUGAGGAAUUGGUAUCGAACCAAGAAGACAAAUGCGUUCUCUAAGAUUGCUUCAAGGUAUGGAUCGGAAAAGGAACUUGAAAAAUUGAAGGAGCUGAUGAAGAAGUAUUGCACUUCAAUUCGAGCUAUCUGCCAUACUCAGAUGGUUGUAAACAACAAAAAGCGAAUUCGAUCCGUGCAGACAAAGCGUGAUCCCAUCAUGGAAUUUCAGAUCAACGGAGGAACCAUUGCUGAGAAAAUCGAUUUUGUCGUCAGCAAGUUUGAACAGGAUGUACGGGUCAAAGAUGUGUUCAACUUCGAAGAAAUGAUAGACGUGAUUUGUAUUACAAAGGGUAAAGGUUUCAAGGGUGUCACUUCACGUUGGCAUACCAAGAAGCUUCCGCGAAAAACUCACAAAGGAUUGAGAAAGGUGGCAUGUAUCGGAGCCUGGCAUCCUGCUCGUAUCCAGUAUUCUGUUGCACGUGCUGGUCAAAAGGGUUACCAUCAUCGAACUGAGAUCAACAAGAAGAUCUACAGAGUUGGAGACAAAGAUGAAAUGAAGAAGUCAGGUGUUACUGAGGCUGAUAUUACCAACAAGACGAUAAAUCCAAUGGGUGGAUGGCCACUCUAUGGAUAUAUCAAGAAUGAUUUUCUCAUGAUCAAAGGAAGUUGCGGAGGACCUAAGAGACGUCUGUUGACGCUAAGAAAAAGCAUGUUGUCGCAUGUGGGAUCGAGAAGUGCCAUGGAGAAAGUGAAUUUGAAGCUUAUUGACACCACCAGCAAAAAGGGAACCGGCCGAUUCCAGACUACUGCUGAGAAGAAGGCCUACUACGGUCCGAGCAAGCGAGAACGAACCGUUGUGGUAUCCGCUGGUGGAGACAAGACUGUUUGAAACGUCUGAAUUGAUAUGUUUCCGGUUUUGUGUUGAGUAAUUCACUCUUCGCCUA